CGCCGUUUCGUUUCAACGACCUUGAACGCGCUGACUGGGAGCGGGCAUUCCGUAUUUCAAUUGCCGUGUGUGUGUUGGGUCCUAUGAGUAUUAAAUGUUUCCAUAUAUAAGUCAUCUUUUGAUGCAUAAUAAACACUAAAUAACUGCUAAGAGCAUUAACUGAGUAUUUUCUGUUUUGUAGUGCACACUUUAGCUCUGUUGUUCCUUCGAAACUUGAUCUGUGGUCCUAAGUGCUGUAGUGAAAGUCAACAGCUAUAUAUAAUUUGUUGAUAAGGUCCAGAAAACAACGUAAGAAAGAUAAAAUAACGUAAAAGGUUAUAGAUGCGCAUAGUUUUUGUGAGUUAAGACGAAAUGUCAACUGAAGGGUAAGUCCUAAAUAUUUGUUGUUCUUCCUUCAGUUAAUUUUUUUCAAGGAAUAACCUUUUUUUAAUAGCUAUUGUAUGUUGUCUCUAGUGCUUCAUGCUCAGGUGAAAUUUCAGUGAACGUAAGCGACGCGUUCCAACGUAUUAUGCUGAAUAAGAUUCGGAAGCUGGAUUGAAUUAGAUAAUGCGCUAAAGGAUUUCCAUAAAGUAUGAUGGGAUAAAUCUAUGUUUUCUCAGAUGACCCAUACACACUAUGUUCACGCAGAAAGUAGAUUGUUGAAGGAUGUGAGAUAUAAAUACUUGUUCGUAGUGUUUCGUUGCACGUUUGGUCGUAAACGUAAAUCAGAAGGUCUGAAUGUGAUUAAAAAACCGUGAGGACUCUAACUAAUGUGUUACCUUUAAGGUCUAAAUUUUUAAAUUGCCAAUCGAUGUUUCGCGUAAGAUUGGAGGGUCAACAAUACGUUAUAAAAUCUUACGACAUGACUCACAACCAUCCGUGUACUAGUUCGUGGAUGGUUUGUGAUCCGUUGAGUAGACGAUUGUCAUCAGAAGAAAAAGAAAACUUGAAACCAGUUAUAUUGCACUGUCAGUCGACGGACGAAGUUAUCGAAAGUAUUAAGGAAAGAACAGGUUGGACUCGGAAGCAGGUAUUGCAGAUGAUGCGACAAAACGGUCAAGUUAGAGAGCAUGCAGAAAAUGGAUCUGUUACGGCGGUAUGCUUCAGCAGUUAUGAUCAGAUACAAUGCAAUUGUAGCACGUUUAAUAUGUGUCGAUAUCCGUGCCGCCAUCUCCUGCUGGCAUAUAUUAAAAGACGAAGUCUAACAGCUCAUCAACUUCUUAGGUGUUGCUGUAGAUGGAAAUUAGACAAUACGCACAAUUUACAAAACAACACAGUAAUUUCAUUACGGAGAUGAAGUAAAGAAUAUAUACAACUUCAACGGCUCCAAAGAAUGUGCAAACAACGAAUUGUUGAGAAAUAUGGUGAACGCUUCGCGAAUCAGGUAAAGAGAAGGGUCUACAAUUUUUACUUAAGAAUUAUAAACAGCUAGACAGCAGGUUUACGAUUAACAGUUCUUUGUGGCUUUAUUUUAUACCACUAUUUAUACAACUUGUAAACUUAUCUUUCCACUUUAGUAGUCAU